AUGUCGAAUUCGCUUUGGGCCAUUGCCUUGGCCGUCGCUAUCCUAGCAUGGGGCAAAGCUCUCGAUCAGUCUGACUCGACCCCAGUGACCACUGCGACUUUGCCCAAGGAUGGCAUGAGCUACUUGUCCAUCUUCCUCGUCUGCUCGUGGAAGUGUGUUCACCUCAAUGUCCCAACCCCCGCCGAGGCUCGUGGCGAAUGGCAUCAUGUUCGGAUAUUCAAGAAGAGAGUGCCAUUCUGUCCCAGGAGUUACCUCUUCGACAAAUGGCGCCGCAAGCUCGUAUGGAUGCUCAUCAUAUCCAUUGCGCCCGAGGUCGGCGUGGCUCUGGCUAUGAAACAGUGGCACAACGCACGAAGCACACUCGAGGAAACGACACGCAGAGAUAAGGACAGCCGCUUGACCAUGGCCCACGCAUUCUUGACUAACAUGGGAGGCGUCGUUAUGCGCAAUAUCUUCAUCUCGCAUCCUGAUGUCGGACAUAAAGCACAGAGUGAGAAAGCGGAGCAGCCGGACGUUACGAACGAAAAACCAGAAGCCGACUUGACCAUGGAGCCAUCCAUUACAGCUUUCAAAUCUCCUACAGGAUCUCAACAUGGCCCGGAGGCCACUACCGACGAAGAAGACCUUUUGUCGCAGCCAAUUGAUUUUGUUUGUAAACUUGAUCAGGACGGAAGCGACGUCAUCGGAGGGCGCAUCACCAACGAACUAACCGAAGAGGAGAUCAAGUGCCAAAGCCGGUCAGAUGCCUUAACCAAGGCAUUCGCAGUCGUGCAGUCCACAUUAGCCAUCACGCAGCUCGAGCUCGCAACUAUGGCAUUUGUAUUUUGCGCCAUGCUGAUGUACGGCUUCUGGUGGCACAAGCCGUUCGGCACCGAGCAUCGGCACACGGUUGUGCGCGUCCACCGAGGCCCGCCCGUGGCACUGUAUUAUGAUGGUGCUUGCCCCCUCGAUGAACGAGUCCCGGACAUCGACCUCGAUGAUUUUCUUAACCUCGGGCUCUUGAACGACGCUAUCCUCGAGGGCAAAGUUCUCAGUAAGAAUUCGAUGCCGACCGUGGGGCUCUAUUUGAGUGGUACGGCGUUUGCCGCCAUCCACCUCGCCGCGUGGAAUUGGGAAUUCCCCUCGCCCCUCGUUCAGUCCCUAUGGAGGUGGUUUGCCGUCACCGCCCUCGUUGCCUCCUUCCUGCCCUUUCUACAAUCUGUCCUCGUCAGGCUCGUCGAUGUCGUAGGCGACGACGUAGCCCUAUGGCUAUUCUGGAUCCACGCUGUUAUCGUGGGCCUUUCCUACAUCGUUGCGCGGCUGGCCAUCUUAGUUGUCACGUUUUAUUGCUUCACUGCUAUGCCGUCAAGCGCCUAUGAGAAGGUCGAGUGGACGGGGUUCAUUCCCCAUUUCUCUUGA